CGGCUCCCGCUGCCGCCGCCGCCGCCGGUGCUGCCGCCGCUGCUGCUCGGAGGCCGGAGGCGCCCGCCGGGCGUGCCCACCCCCAGCAGAAUUCUUUGCUUAAGAGGAGGCAGAUUUUCACCUACUGAAUAAGAAUCUGGACUCACAUUGAUGCUUCUCAGUGUUGUCUUGUGUGCUCUCCUGUGCCGGAGUGAAUUUUAUCCCCGGACUGCCUGGUACUUCAACCUGUAUUUCCAGUCAGAAGGGAGGGUUGCUAGAAGACUUAGCUCCUUUUUCUCUUGAAACAACUUUUAAGUACUGGGACAGAACAUCGCAGUCCUACCGGUUUGGAAGCAAAAUAUGGAAUGUGUUUCACUGCUGACCGAAGGCAGCCAAAUGAACAGUAUUUAUAGUAGUUCGAAAAUCAGCAGUUAGCAGUUUCUUCACAUUCUAACACUACCCAGCACUUUCCAGAGAGAACUCAUUGUUUACAAGAAAUCUGCUUUCCAAAUCCGUUGCGGUGCCCUCCAGCCUUGACUAUUAACUAUUUGCAAAGGGGAAGCUGAUCUACAGUUUGGGGAAAGAUGGCACUGGAUGAGUACCUGUGGAUGGUCAUUGUGGGUUUUAUCAUUGCUUUCAUUUUAGCUUUUUCGGUUGGUGCGAAUGAUGUUGCAAAUUCUUUCGGAACGGCUGUGGGCUCUGGUGUUGUUACUUUACGCCAGGCUUGCAUUUUGGCUUCAGUUUUUGAAACCACUGGCUCAGUACUACUGGGAGCAAAAGUAGGAGAAACAAUUCGGAAAGGUAUCAUUGAUGUUAACCUGUACAACAACACUGUCCCACUGCUGAUGGCAGGAGAAGUGAGUGCAAUGGUUGGUUCUGCUGUUUGGCAGCUAAUUGCAUCGUUCUUGAAACUCCCAAUAUCAGGGACCCAUUGCAUUGUAGGUGCUACGAUUGGAUUUUCUCUGGUGGCAAUUGGCACGCAGGGUGUCCAGUGGAUGCAGCUUGUUAAGAUUGUUGCCUCUUGGUUUAUUUCCCCACUGUUAUCUGGCUUGAUGUCUGGAAUCCUCUUUGUGCUGAUCAGAUUCUUCAUUUUAAACAAGGAAGACCCUGUGCCCAAUGGUCUCCGCGCGCUCCCGGUGUUCUAUGCUGCUACCAUCGCUAUUAAUGUGUUUUCCAUCAUGUACACUGGGGCACCAGUACUGGGACUGAUACUGCCAAUGUGGGCCAUUGCUCUAAUAUCAGUUGGUGUGUCCUUAGUAUUUGCUGUCUUAGUCUGGAUUUUUGUGUGUCCCUGGAUGAAGAGAAAAAUAGAAAGCCGGUUAAAGAAAGAUGCUGCACUGUCAAGGAUAUCAGAUGAAAGUCUUGAUAAAAUUCAGGAUGAAGAAACACCAGUCUUUAAAGAACUUCCUGGUGCCAAAGCAUCUGAUGAGAGCACGAUUCCCCUUACUGGCUCAGUUACAGAAGCUGCUGGGGCAUCAGAUAAUAUUGCAAAUGGAAACCAUCCACGUGUACCAUACGGAAGGGCAUUUUCGGUGACGCACACCUCGGUGAAAUCACCUGUUUCCAAUGGCACCUUCAGCUUCGAUGGCCACGUGAGGAGCGAUGGCCACGUUUAUCACACUGUGCACAAGGACUCAGGUUUAUACAAAGACUUGCUCCACAAAAUACACCUGGACAGGGCCAAUGAUGAGAGGCCCACUGCAGAAAACAACUACAAACUCUUACGGCGCAACAACAGCUACACUUGUUACACUGCUGCUAUUUGUGGCAUGCCUGUGCAUUCCUCCUUUAAGGCAGCGGACACAUCUACUCCAGAAGACAGUGAGAAGUUGGUGGGAGACACUGUUUCCUACUCCAAGAAGCGAGUCCGCUACGACAGCUACUCCAGCUAUUGCAACGCAGUGGCUGAGGCAGAGAUUGAGGCGGAGGAAGGUGGGGUGGAAAUGAAGUUGGCCUCUGAACUCGCAGAUCCUAACCGGCCCCCCGUUGAUCCUGUGGAAGAGGAUAAGGAGGAGAAAGACACCUCUCAGGUCCAUCUACUUUUCCACUUCCUCCAGAUCUUAACAGCCUGCUUUGGAUCCUUUGCCCACGGAGGCAAUGAUGUCAGCAAUGCCAUCGGUCCCCUCGUCGCGCUCUGGCUUAUCUACGAGCAAGGUGCCGUAAUGCAGGAAGCAUCGACUCCCAUCUGGCUGCUGUUCUAUGGAGGUGUUGGGAUCUGUGUGGGUCUCUGGGUCUGGGGAAGAAGAGUUAUCCAGACUAUGGGUAAAGACCUCACUCCAAUCACACCAUCAAGUGGAUUCACUAUUGAGUUGGCUUCGGCGUUCACAGUUGUGGUAGCUUCCAAUGUUGGACUUCCUGUCAGUACUACACACUGCAAGGUUGGCUCCGUGGUGGCCGUCGGCUGGAUCCGCUCCAAGAAAGCCGUCGACUGGCGCCUCUUCCGCAACAUCUUCCUGGCGUGGUUUGUGACUGUGCCGGUGGCCGGCUUGUUCAGCGCCGGCGUGAUGGCACUGCUGAUGUACGGGAUCCUGCCUUACAUCUGAGGAGCUUCCUCUGCUGGGAAAAGGGGAAAUGGCCAAGCUACUACCGAUGGGAGAAGCGUUCCCGUGAAAGAAGCAGUCAGAGAGGAUCCAUCUUCCAUACCUAACUUCUUAUCUACUGUACAUAACAAUGUGUCAUAUUGGUGACAUGGUGAUGUGGUGCCAUUUCUUAUAUAUUAAAGAAAUAUAUAUGCAUAUAGUAGGUAACAAUACCUAAGUUAUAUCAUCAGUGGGGUGAAAAUAAUUGCCUAGAACUUAAUAUUUAGUAAAAUUUGUACAUAGUGUA